CACACAAUGUAAAGGGCAACAGCCAUUUUUAAAUGUCAAAAACUGAAAAACAAAAAAUGGAGAUACGAGGUUUCUUCCAACAGCAGUGACAUGACUGUAGCUUUUAAAGACUUAAGGCACUUCAGAUGUCUAGUUCCCAUCACCACCACUGUGAACAAUUCUGACUCAGUAAGGUUCACUAGAAGAGAACAUUUCACACCAAAUCACUCUGAAUGACUGUUUACGUCUUAACCAAAGAGCUUUGAAAAGUGGAAGCGUUAGUUGGGAUGUAAUAUUUCUUACAAGGCAGCUUUAAAGUAGUUUCUUAAGUAGUUACUCAAGCUGUGGCCUAAAUUACACUAAAAUAGAAGUCAAAGUAGUUUCGUAGCUCAUUGAUGAUCUAUGAGACAUUUUGUGGGUUGUGUUGAAAGCAAAUACAGUUCAUUUUAUGUUUAACUUUUAUACCAUCCUAACACGUACAGCAAUAAUACUCAAGCCAAUUUUCAUAUCAAAUAAUGUCCGGAAUGUCGCCUGUUUCAAAGUAAAAAAAAAUAAAAAUUAAUUUUCUGCUCGUAAUGGCAUUCUAGGAACAGUAUGUUCGCUGUGGUUGACCCAAAUACAGCUUCCCCUACGAGAAAUUUCCCCCCGACUUCCUCUACCUAAAAGACGGUCCCGGAAUUUUCCCCAAGUUAAUGUAUAAAAGCAGAAUUUACAAAUGCCAGGUGUUAGAGCCAGUUUGACGGACUUGGAAGCGUCAUCAUCCAAAAUCAGCAAGGCCUUCACGACAGCCACUAUCAUUAUCUCCGUCACCUUGUUUGGUCUCUCUCUACAUCAGCAAGUGACUCAUUUCGUUACACAAUGACCAAACUGUUCCUCGUUCUGCCUACGGUGCUGGUGCUGCUGUGUGUUUGGGUAUCUCUGGGAGAAGCCAGUCCAGUGAAAUGCUGUACAAGCUUUUCCCCGCACCCUCUUCCUCUCAAUAGACUGAAGCACUUUGCCAUACAGGAUGCCACUACGGUCUGCCGACUGAACGCUGUGAUAUUUACCACUGUGAAAAGCAGAAAGAUCUGUGCCAAUCCUGAUGCCCAAUGGGUCAAAAACGCUGUUCGUCACCUCAAAAACAAAGAGAAGCCAACCGAGUCGAGCAGUGAAGCUGUCUGAAGUGAUCCUCAUCACCCACUGGCUGUUCUGCCUUAUAUUUCAAGCGUCUGAAAGCGACUGGAAACUUUAAAAGAAGAUGAUCC